UUGUUCACAAGAGACACGAUAAGAUCCCAUGCAUUAAAUUGAAUAUUAAUUGACCAAGGUUUACACAACGGUCAGAAUAAUUAAUCAGCCAAUGUUAUAGGCUUGUGUGAUAGGUACCUAGAGUUAUUAUGCGAGCAUAAAACAUUCAUUUAUCAAAUAUGGCGUCCUGUAGCGAACGUUCCUUACUUGUUCUCGUUGCUGUUGAUGGCAGUGAAUUCAGUGAUCGUGCUUUGCUAUUUUAUUUAAAGCGAGUCCAUAAAGAAGAAUACAGAGUUGGGUUGAUUCACUCCUACGAAAAGCCAGAUCUGGUUAUCCGUGCGCCAGUGGACAUAGUAAAAUUGAAUGUUGAGGAGAUUGAAAAGACGUUUAGAAGUUCUUGGGACAAAGCAGAUAAGAUCAUGGAAAGGUACAAGAAAAUUUGUCAGGAAUAUGGGGUUGGCAAAGUCCACGAGUUUCUUGAACACGGAAAGAAACCAGGCGAAGCAAUCUGUGCUGUGGCGGAAAGAGAAAAUCCGUUCCUGAUUGUUGUAGGCACGCGUGGACAGUCUGUCAUGCGUCGUACAGUCCUUGGUAGCGUCUCAGACUACGUUGUAAAACAUUCCGUUAAAGUAGCAACUCUUGUUGUACCAUAGAAUCAUUCAGUGUGUACGUUGUCCGGCAGGCAACAACUGAAUUGUAUGGUUACUAUGUUGUGUAUGGCCAGCUUGGAUAAAUACUUGUAAAGGUUUAAAUGAAAAUGAGUGAAAUGAAUUAAACGACUCAAAGG